AUGGAAUCUAUAGAGAACACAGUUUAUAGUGAGAUUUUUAGUGGUGAGGGACAAAACUCUUGGCAAUCUCUCUUUGGUCGUGAUGAUGAUGAUGAAUCUGUGUUCGGAGUGGGACAAGGUAGUGAAGGUGAAACAAAUCUGUUUGCUCUGACUUCUGAGCUUUCAUGGCUCGGGGAAAAAGCCGAGGAAGUGGAGCGAUUCUUACAAAGCGAAAGCCACCAUGAGAGGCACCAAGCUAAUUCGGCCCUCAAUUCCAUCAUCUGCCAGGUGAUCACAACAUCUACUUCGAUUUUGUCACAAUGUCAACUUUUGAGUUCUGCAAGCGAAGAAGUUAUAGAAAUGGAGGAGACCGAGAUUCUUGCAGAGCAGAGCCAUUUGUGCAGCAUCUGUGGGAAAGAGUUCCGGCGAGAUGGGAAUGUGCGCAUUCACAUGCGAUCACACGGUGAGCCAUACAAAAGCCAAAAAACCCUAAUAUCCAGUAGGCCCAAGGACAGAAGAUCUUCCUAUUCGUGCCCCUUCCAAGGCUGCAGAUACAACAAGCGUCAUCCAAGUUUCAAGCGCUUGAAAUCAAUGGUAUCCCUGAGGAACCAUUACAGAAGAAGCCAUUGUGCUAAGAUGUAUACCUGCAAUAACUGUGGAAAGGAGUUUUCUUUUGUGGGUGAUCUGAAAACCCACGGAAACAAGUGCGGGCAUAGCACAUGGCAGUGUUCGUGCAGCCUCACCUUUUCAACGAGGAAUAAGCUGCUUCGCCAUGUGGCUUUGGGACGUCAUGGCCAUAAGCCUGUUCUUUCUGCUCCUGUUGCUACCAGUGGCCAUGGUGAAAACUCCUCAGGCGAUAAAAAAACUCCGGAACAUUGUGAUGAAGACUUUAAUGUUUUUGCUGUACAAGAUUCGCCUAUUUUAACAGAAAGCCCGCCUGGUUUUGGCAGCGAUGAAGAUGUAUUGAUGAUGGGCGUAGGAUCGAACAGCAUAGAAGAAAAUGUAUACGGAUAUGACCAGAUGGAGAAUGAGUUUACUUUCUCAGGCGAAGAUAGCGAAUUGUAUGCAUCUCUUUUUUGGCAGCCUGGGGAUCUGCUUUGGCCCUAA